GCCGCUGGAGGCGCCUCCGCCGCCGGUGCACAACGGGCACAGCUCCGCGGGCACCGCCGCCACAGCCGCCCGACAGCGACAGCGACAGCGACCGCCGCCCUCCGACGCCCGCAGCAUGAUAUCGGUGGACCGGCUGAGAGAGGAGCAGGCUCUGGGCAUGAAGGAGCAGGAGUGGGCCGGCCCCGAGGCGCUGUGCCCGGGCUGGCAGGAGGAAGAGGUGUCUGACGGCGAGGGACCCGAAGACAGCGGGCACCCAGACCCCACCGCCCACGCCUACGAGGUGCUGCAGCACACCCUGCGCCUGGAGGGGAUGCCCCUCACCAUAGACCGCACCGGCCAGCCGCGCACCGGAUCCGGCCCACUGGAUAUGACUGUGUGCGUACUGGGCUCCCCCACCGCCUUCCUGCCCGUCUUGCUGGAGGGUGGCACCCGCUACCCAGGUGCCAUGGUGCUGUGCCUGGCGCCUGCCUGGGCCAGCCGCGUGCCCUCGGAGACGUCGCCAGGCUCGUGGUCCCUGCUGCUCUCCAGGGGGGUCUCCUUCGAGGCAGGGGGCUGCACUGCCCUGGAAGAAUUUGUGCCUCCCCGGCGUGCUACCUACGUCACUGGCACCUUUGGGUCCGAGGGCAGCUGGGAGGGUGAGCUGGCCCGUGACCUCAACUGCCCCACCGGGGGCUCAGCAUUGCUGACGCGCUGGCUGGAGGACCCCCUGCUCUCUCGCUGGUUGCUGUCCGCCCGCGCCGGCCUGACCGUGCCCCCCACCCUGGCCUUCAUCACGGGGCUAUGGGAGACCCUGCCUGAGGAGCCCGAACCGCCCGGGGUGCACCUGGUGCGGCUGCAGGACCCCCAGGGCCAGGAGAGCCUGGUGCGGGAUGAGGUGGGCGCCUUCCUGGAGGGCAGCAGCAUGCAGCCCUACGACCAGGUGGCAGUGCGGCUGUCAGGGUGGCGGUGGCGUGGAACGGACCCCCACAGCACCCACAGGAAGGUGGAGGGCGAGGCGGUGGCACAGGCGGUGGCAGCCCUGCUGAAGGGGCUACGGGAGGAGGAGAGCAUCCUGCUGGAAGCCCUGGUGCCCACCGCCCGCCUGCCCACGCUGCCCCCACGCAGCGCAGCCCCGCGGCUGCCCAUGGCCCUGCGCAUCUGCACCGUCGUCUGCCGGUCCUGGGGAGACCGGCCCCAGCUCUGCCAGGUGGCCUGCACUGCGGGGCGGGCAGAGGUGCCGGUGCGGCACGGUUCGGCGCUGCCCCUGGGCCUGGACUCCAGCCUGCGGCAGUGGGGCCUGGCAGAUGCGGCACAGCGGCAGGCACUGGCGGGGCAGCUGCGGGAGGCCGCCGAGGCCGCCAUGGCUGCCCUCCUAGCCGCGGAGGGCGAGCUGAGCCCCGCUCAGCGUGGCGGUGCCCGCGCCCACACCGACGUCCUCGGUGUGGAUUUCCUGUUGGCGUGCGUGGACGGCACCCUGGAGCUGGUGGCCCUCUCGGCCAACUGCCUGCGCUGCCUGGAGACGUGCCUGCUGGCUGAGGGCAUGGGGCACGACGUGGGGCAGCCUGCCGGAGACGUGCCGCGGCUGCUGGCCGAGUGCCUGCUGCACCGGGCGCAGUGCCACCUAGUCGAAGGCAAGGACAUCCUGCUGAUCGGGGCUGGAGGGGUCAGCAAGAGCUUCGUCUGGGAGGCAGCACGCGAAUACGGCCUGCGGAUCCACCUGGUAGAGUCGGACCCCGAGCACUUUGCGGCGGGGCUGGUGGAGACCUUCCUGCCCUACGACAGCCGGGAGCACUGCCGCGAUGAGGAGCACGCCGAGCGCGUGCUGGAGAUGCUGCACGCCCGCGGGCUGCGGCCCGACGCCUGCCUGUCCUACUGGGACGACUGCGUGGUGCUGACGGCGCUGCUGUGCCAGCGGCUGGGCUUGCCCGGCUGCCCUCCCGCUGCCGUGCGCCUGGCCAAGCAGAAGAGCCGCACCCACCAGCACCUGCAGCGCUGCCGCCGCGGCCGCCCGCCUCCCGCCGCCUUCUCCGUGCCCUGCCGCCGGCUGCGCAGCCACGGUGACGUGGAGCGGGCGGCGGGUGCCGUGCCCUUCCCCGCCGUGGCCAAGCUGGAGUUCGGGGCGGGGGCGGUGGGCGUGCGGCUGGUGGAGAACGCCGGGCAGUGCCACGCGCACGCGGCCCAGCUGUGGCACGACCUGCGGGCCGACGCCGACCACCCGGGCAUCGGGCUGGGCUGGGGCAACGCCAUGCUGCUGAUGGAGUACGUGCCGGGCACCGAGCACGACGUCGACCUGGUGCUGUUCGAGGGCCGGCUGCUGGGCGCCUGGGUGUCGGACAACGGCCCCACGCGCGUCCCCACCUUCCUGGAGACGGCGGCCACGCUGCCCUCCUGCCUGCCCGCCGACCGGCAGGCCCAGCUGGUGCGGGCGGCCCUGCGCUGCUGCCGGGCCUGCGGGCUGCGGCACGGCGUCUUCAACGUGGAGCUGAAGCUGGGCCCCGCCGGGCCGCGCCUGCUGGAGAUCAACCCUCGCAUGGGCGGCUUCUACCUGCGCGACUGGAUCCGCGCCGUCUACGGACCCGACCUGCUGCUGGCCGCCGUGCUGCUGGCACUGGGCCUGCCGCCCGUGCUGCCCUCCCGGCCCGCGCCCCGGCAGCAGCUGGCGGGCGUCAUGUGCCUGGCGUCGGAGCACGGCCGGGCCCUGCGCGGCGGCGUCAUGGCGGCCCUGCAGGGCCUGCAGCGGCGCGGCCUGGUGCGCCUCAACCCGCUCUUCGAGGAGGCGGGCGGGCGCUACGAGGAGCCGUGCCUGAGCGUGGCCUGCGCUGGGGACGGCCCCGCCGAGGCCUGCGGGCGGCUGCUGGGGCUGUGCCAGGCGCUGGGCAUCGACUCACCCCAGUACCCCGUCGGCCAUUUCCUCUCCCACUUCAAAUAGCCACGGCGGGGGGUGGGGGUGCGGGGCCGGGGCCGGGCUUCGCAUCCCCCGGAUCCUCCCCCCCCGAGGCCCACACCCCAAUCUCGGCCCCCGCCGUCCCGGGGUUGAGGUGUGGGUUGUGGGCCUGUAGCAACGUGGCGGCCCUACAGCACCCGGCGUGGCCCUCAGCAGCAGCACGGGGGGCUGCGGCAAUGGGGAGAGCCCGCAAUAACGGAGCAGCCCAUAGUAACAGGCAAACGUGAGGAGCCCCUCCGAUAACCAGAGAGCGGGGGGAGACCCCACAGCAACGGGCAGACAUGAGGAAGAAUGCAGUGCGAGGAGGGCACGCAAUAAGGAACGACCGUCACCAGACCCCGUAACGGCAGCUGGACAGUGGGAGACCCUGCGAGGGGAGACCCCGCAGCAAUAGAACAGCAUGGGAGACCCUGCAGUAGCAGGACGGCACCGGGAGACCCCGCAAUAACGGGUGCACAGCAGGGAUCCCCCGCAGAAACAGGAGACCCUACAGGAGCAGAGGAGCGGGAGGCGCCUGCGGUGAGAGCUGUGCGUGGAGGGAUCCCGUGGGAACGCCCCAUUGCCGGGGAGACCCCGCAGCAAGAAACCUGCCAGCAGCAUAGCAGUGUGGGGGGGACCUCCCCGUGACACACAGCCCCGGGAUGAUGCCGUGUGACAAUGCAGCCACUGCCACCAUCAGCCCUCAGCAGCGACAGCGGUGAAACGGCAUCUGCGAGUGUCAGCAAGAGACCCUACAAUAACAGCAGCGACCCUACAAUAACACACGGCCCACGUGGCAGCCGAAACCCUGCAGUAACAGCAGUGACCACAGCAGCCUGCGUAGUGACUGAGGCCUUGUAACAAUAAGCCACAUAGUGCCUGAGACCCUGCAGUGACAGCAGUGACCCCACAAUAACACAGCCCACAUAGUGCCUGAGACCCUGCAGUGACAGCAGUGACCCCACAGUAACACAGCCCACAUAGUGCCUGAGACCCUGCAGUGACAGCAGUGACCCCACAGUAACACAGCCCACAUAGUGCCUGAGACCCUGCGAUAACAACACAGACCCCACAGUAGCACAGCAGUGCAGUAGCAGCCGGAGGCCUGGCUGGGGGCCCCUUCUAGGGGUCUCCUCCAGCCUGACCCCCCCAGCACCCCUCGAGCCGUGGAAGAGGCACGAUCCCAACCUGGGCUGGGGGAGCACCCCUAGGGCCCCGUGCACCAAUAAAGGCUGCAGAGCUCCAA